AAGGGCGAGGGCCCUGCUUCUUCCCCUCUGCUUCCCUGGUUCCUUCGUGGGGAGACUCACGCUAGGGCUUCCUGUUGGCUUUCCCCAUGACUAAAGUGCACGGGUCCUGCCUCAUCACGGCCGCUGCCCGCUUGGCUGCCUCUCCCCACUUCCUCCAGCGUCCUUAGAGUCCGGUGGGCCUGCAGACCUGGCACACAGCACCCCCACCUGCCUUUGUCACACCCACACCAACGAGGGUUCUCUGUGGUGGCCUGGCAGGCUAGAGGGCUGCUGGGUGUGCAGACGGUCAAGCAUGGAAGGGUCCAUCCGGCUGCUGGCUUGCUUGGCAUGUGUCCUCCAGAUGGGAUCACUUAUGAAAACUAGAAGGGACGCUCUAGGGGAUUUGCUCAACACAGAGGCGCACAGCGCGCCGGAGCAGCGCUGGUCCAUGCAGGUGCCCGCCGAGGUAAGCGCGGAGGCGGGCGACGCGGCGAUGCUGCCCUGCACCUUCACGCACCCGCACCGCCACUACGACGGGCCGCUGACGGUCAUCUGGCGCGCGGGCGAGCCGUACGCGGGCCCGCAGGUGUUCCGGUGCACCGCAGCGCGCGGCAGCGAGCUGUGCCAGACGGCGCUGAGCCUGCACGGCCGCUUCCGCCUGCUGGGCAACCCGCGCCGCAACGACCUGUCCCUGCGCGUCGAGCGCCUCGCCCUGGCGGACAGCGGCCGCUACUUCUGCCGAGUGGAGUUCGCCGGCGACACCCACGACCGCUAUGAGAGCCGCCACGGCGUCCGGCUGCGCGUGACCGCUGCACCCAGGAUCGUCAGCAUCUCUGUGCUACCCGGCCCCUCGCACGCCUUCCGCGCGCUCUGCACCGCCGAGGGGGAGCCCCCACCUGCCCUCUCCUGGUCCGGCCCCGCCUUGGGUAAUAGCUCGGCUGCCGUGCGGGACCAGGGUCACGGUUACCAGGUGACAGCCGAGCUGCCUGCGCUGCCCCGGGAUGGUCGCUACACGUGCACUGCAGCCAAUAGCCUGGGCCACGCGGAGGCCAGCGUCUACCUGUUCCGUUUCCAUGGCGCCCCCGGAGGAGCAUCGACUCUGGCGCUCCUGCUCGGCGCCCUGGGCCUCAAGGCGCUGCUGCUGCUUGGCGUUCUAGGUGCGCGCGCCACCCGCCGACGACUAGAUCACCUGGUCACCCAGGACACCCCUCCACGGUCUCAGGCUCAGGAGUCCAAUUAUGAAAAUUUGAACCAGAUGAAUCCCAGGCCACCAGCUGCCACGUGUUUGCCGUGAGGAACUCCUUGGGCAUCAUCAACCAGUCGUGCACCAUGAGAAAUGAAAGACAGUACCAGGCUAGACCUGCACCGCUCCUCCUAAUUCCCAGGUUUCUUGGCAGCUGUGGGCCAGGUAACUUCCAAAGGGACCCAGGACGCUGCUCACAGAGGUUCAGAGCCCUGCGGUAUUAUGCCAUGGAGCCAACAAUCUGGAUGUAUGUGUAUAUGUAUGCCCACAUGAGCCUCAGGACGAAACUUCUGGAAAAACUACUUUGUAAUUUUCUUACUUAGAACUAUAUAGUAAAGCAGAUGGGAAACUAGCCAUAAGGUCUAGAGGUCCAGGCUCCAGCCUGCUCUGGCACCAACUUGCGGUAUAGACCAGGACACUUUCUCCACAUCUCUGGGCCUCAGAUUAUCCACGACCGACCAGUUUGGAGGAAAGAGUAGAUGUGAUGGAGCAGUUAAACUACAAAUCUGUCUCAACCGUGGGCCUUUGGACAUGGAGAAUUGAGAUAAGUGUGGCACCGCUCAGCCUGUGGAGACCGAAGCACCCAGACAACAAGCCUGGGGCAGGAGCUGUGCUCAGAGGAACCGCCAACCCUGGAAACUUGAUAGCAAGAAGAGGCCUGGAGCCUUCUGAGAGCUCCACAGGGACUGUCCCAGCCCUCUGCUCAACUGAGGUCCUAUCAGCUGAUCCACACUGCUUUGAGCUGGGACCUACCAGGAGAAGGAAACCGAAGACCCCUUAUCUCAAAGCAUCUGAAAGCCAUAUGUCAAGAACUGGGAGACCUGAAGGGGCACUGGGUUCUAGAGAAUAUGGCAGCUGUGGCUCUGACCUCUCUGUGCAGCGCACACCCUCAUGGGAUGCACCAAAUCCAAGGGCGCUGGCAAUUUCUCCCCACUUGUCUGAGCCCAGCCAGGUUCACUUCAAGAGUAGUGUUUUCCUUA